CGUAGCACCGGCCGCUCGUAGUUCACGUAGCGGCUCGUAGCCAGUACUGUUCAUAUUUCGGUGUAUGUGGUUUAUUCAGUGUAUAGUUCGUAAUGUAUGUGUGAAUUAAAUUGUGAAGUACUCAAAUGAUGUGUGUGUUGGAUACAAGUAUUUACGUGUUUGCCGAUAAGCCCGUUUGAUGGUUCGGAAAAAUGAUGAGAUGGCGACUGACUGGCGGCAUGGGCAUACAGCUUGCGGCGGCCAUAUUCUGCAUGCUGCCUCUCUUCACAUCAUCCACAGGAGACAUACGACAUCAUGGCACGUCAAGAGCUCGCGGGUGGCGCGCAGGCGUGCAGCCGGCCGCUGACGUCACGGCCAACAACACGGUCAGCAAUAUUACUGCUCAGCUGGGAGGCACGGCGUACCUGCACUGUUUGGUGGGGCAUUUGAGUGAGAGAGGCCAAGUGUCGUGGAUCAGGAAAAGAGAUUGGCACAUCCUCAGCUCCGGGAAGUUCACAUAUACCAAUGAUGAACGGUUUCAGGUAUUACAUGGCGAAGGUUCAGAAGACUGGACUUUGCAGAUCAAAUUCGUGCAGAAGAGAGACAACGGGACUUACGAAUGUCAGGUGUCAACGCGAACAGGCAUCGUGUCCCACUACGUGCGGCUGCAGAUAGUGGUGCCAGAAGCCUUCAUCCUGGGCUCCGGAGAGCACCACGUCGAUCUCGGCAGUGUCAUACAUCUUAUAUGCAUCGUUGAGAAGAGCCCAACACCACCCCAAUACGUGUUCUGGUACCACAACGACCGCAUGAUCAACUACGAUGCUACCCGCGGUGGCAUCACAGUGGAAACAGAACCGGGUGCGCGCACGCAGUCGCGGCUGACCGUGCGCGGCGCCACGCUCAAGGACUCCGGGAACUAUACGUGCAGCGCGAGUAAUACGGAGCCCGCUUCCAUACAUGUCUUCGUUUCUGAAGGCAGUAACAAAAUGGCGGCGAUCUUACGACGCAACACGAGCGCUAUCCACGGCAUCACCACCAGCGGCACGUGUCUGCUGCUCCUGACGUCAGUGCUCAUGCACUUCGGUCUCCGAUGACGUUAGUGCGGGAUGCGAGCGAAGCAGCACUGUAUGAGAGAGUAGGUAGCAACGGGUAUAGGUAGCACUGUUGCUAAGAGUGACGGGUUCUUUUUUUAAAAUUGGUUUACUUAAUUCUUUUUUUUCGCAAAGAUUGUUAUUAGAGGUUUUAUUCCGGUAAAGUGAUAAAUAUUAUUAUUAUGGAGUCUUUCGCAUUUUGAGAUAUUGCAAUAAAGAAUUCGAAUACACACCAAAUUACACGAAAUAGACACAUUUAUUACAAUAAUAAUUACUUAAAUCGUUUUAUGCACGUGUCUGCAGCUCCUGACAUGAGUGAUCAUGCACUUCGGUCUCCGAUGACAUUAGUGCGGGGCCGAACGAAGCAGCACUGUAUGAGAGUGUAGGCACUGGUAGUUGAGUAACGGGUUCUAUUUUUUAAAUUAUUUUUUCUUCUUUUUUUAAACCCAGCGCAAAAUGAUGGGUGUUUUAAGUUUGACUGCUAUGUGUGUCUAUCUGUGGCACCGUGGCUACAAUACAAAGCCAUAUAUGGAGGCCGAACUAUAUGGUUUUCUUCCAGGAUUUUUCAUUUUAUUAUACUGAUGAAAAGAAGAUGGACCUGUUCGGAUGAGGUUUUUUACUGCCGAAUGAUGUGUAUUCUUGUUAUUGUCUUGUUCAAGAAAAAAGUUGAAAUAGUGAUAUAACUCUAUGUUUACUAUUUGUAAUAUUGGAACUUGUUAUAUUUUCACAUUUGUAAUAUUGGAAUGUAUUUUUCUCGGACUUUGAUGAAUAAUGGAUUUGAAUGGCACUUAUUUGAAUAGUUCUGAGUGGUCACUUUAAAAUAAUGCUUAGACAUGCCAAGCAAUGUCACACAUUUUAAUGAUUUGUAUGAAUUCCCAAAACUCAAUUACAUUCUCAAUUUACUUUACAUAUUGCAACCCAAAAUAUAUUCACAAACUAUAUAUUAUAAAAUAUAUUAUGAGUGUAUUGAAAAUCAAUAGUCACAGGACCUCAUACAGUGCUAACUUAGAAAAUUAAUUACUAAAAAAUAAAUUAAUAAACCAAUCAUUGAAUUGUAAAAUAAGUUGAUUGUAACUUAGUUAACGUAAAACAAAUAUAUGACGUAACUUAGUUACUUAUUUAGAUUAAUUUAGAAUGUAUUUAUUAUAUAGGCACAAUAUUGUACAGUUAAACAAUUCUUAGUAUUAUGAACUUGCUGGAUUUUGAUGUUAAACGUUAAGUUUUUUGGUACUAGAUAUUGAAACAGUAGGUAUUAUGAUGUUUUAAAACUAUACUUGUUACGUAAAGAUUUGGAGUUAUUUGUCCAAAAUUGAGCCAUCUCUUACUAACAAUAGUUUCAAAACGUCAUAAUAAGGCUACGGCUUAAUCAGGCAGUUUAGCAAGUCUGAAUUUUUCAAUAAGGGUACGAGCACAUUAAUGAACUAAAUAUGCAGUGAAAAAAGCGUCAUCUCAUAAGUGUGCAACAACCCUAAUAGAUACCUACUCACUAAAAUAAAUAUUAUACAAAGAAGAAAAUGGAAACCAAACCUUAAAAUUCAAGUAAUUAUAAACUUAAUUAUAAAUUGUUGUUCUCAAAACUUAAGCCACGAAAAUAUAAAAGUGUUAAACAAAAUUAAUUGUAAACAUUCUGUCAUUAAAAAUAAUGCUCAAAAAUUAUAUUAAUCAUCUGAUACUUGUAUGUACAUAGUAAGUAAUGGUUCGAUUCAUUAAAUUGUAAAUAAAUAAAGCCUGUGUAAUGGCAUUAUAUUAUAUUGGCCAUUUCAAGAUGGCCGCCGGCGCCUAUGUUGAUUGCGAAAACCAAACUCUUACUGAGGUCACUUAUUGGUAAGAAAUAAAAUUAUAAAUAAAUUCUAGCAGUCAAAUGUUAAAAAAAAUAGGAUUCAUGCUCUGCAGUCAACAAGACAGUGAAACAAGCACAGUUGUUAAAUAAAUUAAUGAAAAUAAUUUUUGAGUGCAUGGAUUUUUUUUUCAUUGAAAUAAGUGAAUGUUGUCAUCAUCAUACCAAAAAGCAAUGUUUCUUUUGCGGAAUUUACUCAGUACUGCAUUUUUUUUUUUCUUUGGAUACCUACUUAUUAAUGUUUCACCCUUGAACACGAUAGAUUUCAUAAUGAGGUCAAUUAAAUUAUACGUAUGUGUAAAAACCUGAAAUUUUUAUAAAAAUUAUAAUAAUACCCUGUGCCAGAUAAGUUACAUUUAAAGUAAUAUUCGUCACUUAUUUUGAACUCACUCUUAUCUCAGAAUUUGUAUAGACAGAAUUAUUUCAAAUUAUUAUCCUGGUCUUACUGUAAUCAUUGAUAUUUGUAUUAAAAUUAAAUUCUCAGGAAUUAAAAUUAAGAUAUUUCUAAUGUUAAGCUGUUUGUUGUAAAAUCUAUUUUGAUAUUUAGACAUUUGAUAAUAAUAAACAUGGGAAACUUUUUAAAACUAUGCCAGAACAUAAGGUACAUAAAAUCAAUCUGGACUGUUUAAAACUCAAGUUAUUUUCGCACAAACUUCGUUAUGAAAUAAAUCAAAUGUCUAAUUACCAAUAUAAAAAUAUAAUUUACCGUUAGAAUCGCCAUUACCAUUAUUCUAUGGUAAGACCAUAGACUAGUAUAGCCAUGUAAAAUACCACAAGUAUACUUGAAAUAAGGUUUGAACGUUUCAUUCUAAAAGAUUAUUCUCUUGUACAUAAAACAUGACAUUAUCAUAAAAAAUAGAAAUAAUAAAAUUAGUCGAAUAGUCUUACUAUUAGUUAAUUUGUAAAUAUAUUCAUCAGUGUUAUUAACAAUCAUUUAAUGUAAAUAAUAUUUCGGUGAUCAUGUAUGCAAUAAAUAAUAAAUUUCCUUGGA